AUGGCCGGACUGAAAGUUCUCAUCUGCGGCGCGGGAAUUACCGGCAAUGCCCUUGCCUUUUGGCUGUCAAAGAUGGGCCACCAUGUCACGGUCAUCGAACGGUAUUCUACCUUGCGUGCCACCGGUCUGCAAAUUGACCUCCGGGAACCGGGAAUCACAGUCUUGCGGCGAAUGGGUCUCGAGCAACAAUUCCGCGCCAAGUCCAUUCGGGAACAGGGUAUGGCAAUUGUAGAUCAUACCGGCAAACGCAAGGCGUACUUCGCCGCCAAUAGAUCCGGGUUGGGCAUGCAAAGCUUCACCACCGAUUAUGAGAUCAUGCGAGGCGAUCUCUGUCGACUAUUAUAUGACGCCAUCAAGGACCGCGUAACAUUUGUCUUCGGAACGACGGUCGAGAGCUUCGUGCAGCGGGAAAGUCAUGUCGACGUACAAUUUUCUGAUGGCAACCACGGCCAGUUUGAUCUAUUGGUGGGUGCCGAUGGACAAGGCUCUCGCACACGCAAAAUGAUCCUCGGGUCCGUACCUGACCCGUUUCACCCAUUGGGAGUUCACAUGGGAUAUUUCACUGUGCCACGGGAGAUUCAACCUGGGGAGGGGUACAACGCGGCUAUAUACAUCGCUCCAGGGCGGCGCUUUAUCUUCACCCGGAGGCAUAGCCCGCAUUACAUUCAGGUAUACCUGGCGUGUAAAACUGACUCAGAUCGACUGGAUAAGGCACGCGGAAACAUCGAGGAGGAAAAGGAUGGCUUGGCGGAGAUCUUUCGGGGUGCAGGAUGGCAGACGGGCCGGGUUCUGAAGGAGCUCCAGAGCGCGGAUGAUUUCUACUGCGAGCGUCUGGGAGUGGUCAGAAUGGACUCCUGGUCUGCCGGUCGAGUCGUCCUAGUCGGAGAUGCGGCGUAUUGUCCAUCGGCGACCACCGGCAUGGGAACGACCUCAGGCUUGGUGGGGGCUUAUAUCCUCGCGGGGGAGAUCAACAACUUUUGUCAGGAGGAGCUCGAAUCAAAGGAUCGUCUGCUUCUUGCUCUCAAGGCGUAUGACGAUACAUAUCGACCUUUUAUUACGCAAGUUCAGAAAGGAAUCGAAAAGGGCUCCACAUUUUGGGACUACACCCCAUCUUCAUCGUGGGGAAUUGCAUUUUUACACAUUCUCCUAUGGGUAGCUGCUUUCCUACGAUUGGAUAUCCUCAGUCAAUGGAUUAUCCGUGAGGAUACAACCUGGGCGUUACCGGAUUACAAGCAGAUGGAGCAGAUUUAG